AUGUCCUAUCCUCAGGGUUACCUCUACCAGCCCCCCGGCUCGCUGGCUCUGUACUCCUGCCCGGCGUACGGGGCGUCGGCGCUGGCGGCCCCCAGGAGCGAGGAGCUGGCCAGGUCUUCGUCGGGAUCGGCGUUCAGCCCUUACCCGGGAUCGGCAGCUUUCACCGCCCAGGCGGCGGCCACAGGCUUCACCAGCCCGCUCCAGUACUCCACAGACCCUGCCACGGGAUUCCCCUCCUACAUGGGCUCCCCUUACGACGCCCAUACGACGGGGAUGACCGGAGCCAUCAGCUACCACCCGUACGGCAGCCCUGCCUACCCCUACCAGCUCAACGACCCCGCAUACAGGAAAAACGCCACCCGCGACGCCACGGCCACGCUGAAGGCCUGGCUGCAGGAGCACCGCAAGAACCCCUACCCCACCAAGGGCGAGAAGAUCAUGCUGGCCAUCAUCACCAAGAUGACCCUCACCCAGGUCUCCACCUGGUUCGCCAACGCCCGCCGGCGGCUCAAGAAGGAGAACAAGAUGACCUGGGCCCCGCGGAACAAGAGCGAGGACGAGGACGACGACGAAGGCGACGGGGCGAGGAGUAAAGAGGAGAGUCCCGAGAAGAUGCCCGAGAGCAACGAAACCUCCGCGGAGGACGAAGGGAUCAGCUUGCAAGUCGACUCGCUGACGGACCAUUCCUGCUCCGCCGAGUCGGACGGCGAGAAGCUGCCCUGCCGAGCGGGCGACCCCCUCUGCGAGUCGGGCUCGGAGUGCAAGGACAAGUACGAGGACAUCGAGGAGGAGGAGGAGGACGAGGAGGAGGAGGACAUCGAGGAGGACGACGGCGGCGGCGGGGAGCGCGACCCGCCGGCCAAGCCCGCCACCUCCUCGCCGCUGGCGGCUGUGGAGGCCCCGCUCCUCGGCCACCCGCACGCCGACGCCGCCCGCAGCGCCAGCAAGGCGGCGCUGGGCGGCCGCGCCUCCCCCGGCCCCCCGACGCCGGCCAGCAAGCCCAAGCUCUGGUCGCUGGCCGAAAUCGCCACCUCGGACCUCAAGAGCCAGACCCUGGGCCAAGGCUGCCAGCCUGCGCCGCUCUCCUCGGCCACCCCCGCCUCCGCCCCGCACAGCGCUGCCUACUCGCCCUCCUCCCUCCUGGGGAGGCAUAUUUAUUACACCUCACCUUUUUAUAGCAAUUAUACAAACUAUGGGAACUUUAACGCUCUCCAGAGCCAGGGAAUCCUGAGAUACAACUCCGCAGCAGUGGCUUCAAACGAGGGACUAAGUCAGACUGUCCUAAAUGCCAGCUCUGUCCACAAGCAGAGCAGUGACUCUUUGAAAACGAUCACUAACCAGCUAGAACAACAUUACAGGCCCUCUAGUUACGACUCUAAGAAAGAUCCCACUGAAGUCUGCACAGUAGGAGUACAACCAUACCUAUAGAAGUGCAAUCACAC